AUUGUGUCGUGAAUCUCCCCGACAGAUGGCGGGAAAAGGCCACAAGACGGGUAAGAUAGCCACACAUCAGUGUUGUCAUGGUGGAACCUGGUACGUGAUGCUGGAGGAGGAGGAAAUGAAGAAAACAUUAGACAUAGAUGUUGAUAAUGACAUACAGAUUUGCCCCAUACCCUACAGAGGAAUGCUUCUCUUCAACAACCUCAUACCACAUCGGAGCCUUCCAAACAUGUCCAAACAGAUAAGGUGGAGUUUUGAUCUGAGAUGGCAGAGACCUUCGGAACCUGUCGGAUUUUAUGGUAUUAAAGAAGGAAUACUGAUGAGAUCCUCGAAGGACCCAAACAUGAAGAUAGACUGGGAAGAGUUUAAUGGUUUAAACAGACAUAUUAAAGCUCAAGAAGUCAUCUCCGGAGAGAAAACUGAGGAGUUUGACACCACCAUACAGGGACCAUGGAUGAAAAAGUGGGAAAUCGUACAUGUUAAUCAUCAUGUCAAUGCACAUCGACAACAGGAAGGUGACCCUUCUAAGUGGACAAAGGCAUAGGUCAAAACAAGGUCAAGCCUGUCGUCCUAAAAUGUGGACCAAGGCUUAGCUCAAACUUGCCUGUUAUUUUAGCGAUAAAGUUAGCAUAGUGGAUAUUUAGACUUUUAAAGAUUUAAAGAAAUUUUAGGCAUAAUAUCAGCAUGCUUUUCUAGCUGCAUUUGAAAAUUUUAUAAAUCUAUAUGUACUUAUAAUUACAUACAGAUAUGUUUUAUAGAUACCUUGAAAAUUAUAUUAUUAUGAAGAUAUUUACUUACAUACAGAUAUGAUAUAUAGAUAUAUUGAAAAUUUAUUAUGAAGAUAUUUUUCGAUGACAGCAUUUUAUGUGAUGAUUUUUAAUUAAUUUAAAGCUACCCAAGUUGGAAUGGUUCUGACUAUAAAUCAGCUUUAUUUUACUACUGUAAAAGGUGAUAUUUUUCGCGGGGGGUUAAUUUGGUGAUUUCGAUAUGUAAACUAUACGCAUUGGGGUAAUUUUCGGGAUUGAUCCACCUUCAUUUGGAGUUUGAGAUAAUGCAUAUUGAUAUCAAAAUAAUAAGCAUCAGAAAAAUUUUUGCUAUCAAAAGGACUUCGUGUAAUUAGCGUAAAUUUCCCCCUCGCAUAAAUUUCCACGUUUACAGUACAAGAAAUCAUUUGCUGCCUACAGAAGUUUAAAAACCGAUAAAUUGUUAGAAUCAUUUGGACUAAAGCUGGCCUUGGAGACUGUACAAUAGUCAGCAUUGAUAUUGGUUAUUAUUAUAGAAUGGGUGUACUGUUGAAAUACGGAUUCUCAGUUGUGUUAUCAAUAUACAUUAUAUGAUAUCCAGUAGCUAGAUAUGUAUACAAAGUUUACUUUUGUCUUUAUAUUGGUAAAUACCUUACCCCUUAUGCAGUUCUAACUCUAUCUGCGGAUAUUUGUGAAGAGUAUAUGACUUGGAUAUUUUCCUAAGAUUAUACUAUGUCUUUGUUGUUGAUGUCUUACAAGUUCUCAGGAAAUUCAUGACUUCAUAUUUUAACAUCGAUGGCUUAUUUGUAACAGAGCUUUAUUAAAUACAAUGGACCUUUGUUCCUGGCAUGUCUGUAUACAAGGAUCGAGAUUGAUCAUUGUCUUAGUUAGCUCACCUCUCGAAGAGAAGAGGAGCUUUUUUGGUCACAACGGUGUCGGUGUCAGCGUUGAUUUCUAAAUUGCACCAAUUAAAACCUAACCAUAGUUAUUUUGACUAAAGACUCUGUUAUACUGACAAAACAUUUCAAACUGUUUAAAGUCAAACUUGUCACUAUAUUUAUUAUUACAAAAGUAAAUUAAACUAGCCAAUUUUGGCACCAUAUUUAAUCUUACUAAGGAUUUUAGUUAUCUUUACACAUAGUUCUAUAUAUAUAUAUGUAUGUUUCUUAUUUCACCAAAAACAUAAACUUUUGAAAGUUUAAACAUUUGAUCAGCAAGUCUGUACGUAUCAAUUCACAAAUAAUUGAAGUAUUUCAAUGAACAGAUAAUUGCUCCCCCCCCCCCCCCCCCCCCC